AUGGGGAAUGCUAUAUAAAAUGGAAAAUUGAUAUCCCCAAUAUCCAUUGAUACAUAGAUAAAAGAGUCAUAAUUAACAAUAAGAUUUAUUUUGGAUCAAAAGAAAUUGAUGGCCGUUUAGAAAAAUGCAAUACCAAUCGAUUUUGAUCAUUAAAUAUCUGAAUUAAUAAAAGAAUUGAAAGUGGAGCCAAAGCUACUUUAGCAGUUCUAAAGUACUCCUUAAAGUAAUAUGAAAUAAAAUAAUUAGAUAUGAAAUGCUUAAUUUUGAAUGAGUAUAAAAACAUUACAGGAAAGAAUUUGUUAUAAAAUUUACCAAAAGAUUAUGUAAGCCAUUUUAAAUCUAAAUUGGCAAACCCAACUCUCUAAGAUUUAGAAUAAUUAAGAAGGCAUCUCAUAACUCUAUAGAUUUAUGAUUAAUAGGAUUAAUUAGAACAAUUUAAUAAUGUUAUAAGUUUACUAUUAGAAAACUUAUUUAGAUUUUACAAAUAAACUAAAUAGUUAAUUGAUAAAAAGAACCCUCCUUGCUAUUUAUAUUAAAUUGAAAUUUUAAAUAUACUUGAAAUGCUCUUGAAAAUAGAAAAAUACUAAUUGGAACUUUUGCGUAUUCCAGACUCGAUAGAUAUUAUAUUGAAAAACCUAAAUCCAAUUCAUGUUGAAUUGACAACCAUAAUAUUAGAAAUUGCAUCUAAUUUAUGUAGGCAAACUGAUGAAGGAUACAAUUUGGUGCUAAAGAGUCUGAAUAAAUUGUGCCAAGACAAUGAACUUACCUUUUUUUUGAAUAUCUUGAAAAAAUGCAAAAAUGUUUUUAUGAUUGCGUCCAUAUGUUCAUUUGUCAGAACUUUAACUGAAUCUCCAACAUAAGAAGUGGAGAAGAAAAGAAUGCGUUAAUAACUUAUCACUUCAGGUAUUGUUGAUGUUUAUAAAAUAAUCACCAAUAACAUAGAAGAAUUUGAAUAUAAGGCUGAUGAAUUAAGAUUUGAAGUUGUUUUAUAGUAGAUCAUUGAAUUAAAUAAGUAAAAACACUAAUUUCUAACAGAUCCAAAUUACACUGAAGAAAUUACAUUGCCAAUGUUGUAUCAAAGAGAAUCUAGAAGGUGUUAUGAUAUAGGAAAGUUUUCAAACUCGAUUAAAAUUAUAGAAGAUUAAAUUGAGGCAUUUUUAGAGAAUAACAAAGAUAUUCCUACUCAUCAAAUGUAAGAUCCAAUUAAACAAGAAGUGAAAUAGCAUGCAAAACAUCUAAAACCUACUUUUCUUACACCUCAAUAUUUAAAUUUAAUUUAAGAUGAAUAGGGAAAAGCAAAUUCAACUAUUAAAUGUGAAUCUAAAAUUAGAGGGAAUUAAAAUGUCACUGAUUUUGUAGAAGGUAUUUCCAAGCACUAAGAUAAUUUUCCAAAUUAGCAAUAAUUUGAAAGCAAUUACAAUUCAUAAUUUGAAUCUCGGAAUACUAAAAAAAUAACAAAUGAAGCCUUUGUUGAUGGAUUGCACAAGAAAAUAGGAGACUUGGAACAAAAAUUGAAAUCAGAUUAAUUUACUUUAUCUCAGUUAACUGAAUAAUUGGCAGCGAAAAAUAAAGACUAUAGAGCACUUCAAUAAGAAUGUGAAUCAUAACAGAAGACAAUUCAGCAAUUAGAAAAUUAAGUGAAUCAAUUAAAGGAAAAAUUGUCAAUAAUGUAAUUAGCGAAGGCUCAAAAAUUGGAAUAAGAGAUUACUCCUUAACGAUUGUCAUACAAAUCAGAUUAUCUUGAUGAUUAGAGACAGGAAUUAGAUUAGCUGAAAUCAGAGUUGCAAUCUUAAAAUUAAAAAUUCAUCAAUCAAGAAAAUGAAAUAAAAAGUAAUUAUAUCUAUACUCAAUCAUAGAAUUUAAAAAAUUAUUAAAAGAAUACAGUGAAAAUCUAAUUACAAAGGAGAUUUAAUUAACUGAAAAAAAUAAAGAAUGCAGAGAAUUAUAAGCAAGAAAUGAAAAAUUGAUAAAAAAGUAUUCAAAAAAGUUAGAAUUGCAAUAAUUGAUAUAAAAUGUAAAUUCUACAAGUAAUUUAAAAAUAUAAGCAAAAAAAAUUUAAAGUGAACUGAAAACUAUUGAGCAGUACUAAGAUGAGCUGGCAAGAUUACUUGGUAUCAUAUAAGAAUAGGACAUUCUCUUAGAAUAAUAAAAAAAAUACACUUAAAAAUUUGAUGAAAUGAGUGAGAAUUAAUACGUACUGGAAAAUAGAAUUCAUAAAUUCGAUGAUGAAAACAAAAGUAUCCUAAAUUUCUUAUUCUAUAGAACAAUUACUCAACGCAUAAAUUCUUCAAGAUAAACUUUAAUAAGCACAAUAAGAAAAAGAAAAUUUAGAAAAGAAAUUGAAUAAUUAACAAAUUACUGCACAGAAUACAUUUUCACCAUAACAAGGUUAAAAUUAAACAAAUGCCCUUGCUCCUUAAAUAUCGCAACCUCCUCCACCUUCAGGUACAAUUUCUGUAUCUGCCCUUCCUCCUCCUCCUCCUCCACCACCACCACCUGGUGCUAAGACUGGAACUUCAUCACCAGCUCCUCCACCACCAUCAGGAGGACCAAAACCACCAGGACCUCCACCUGGUGGAGCUCCUCCUCCUCCUCCUGGGCCAAGAUCUCCUGGUGGCCCAGAUCCUUAAUUUGGUGGGAAAUAAAAACAUAAACCUAAUGUAUAGUUAAAAUAGGUUCCUUGGAUUAUUAUAAAGCCGGAAUAAAUUAGAAAUACUAUAUGGGAAUCAAUUGACGAUACCAAAUUAAAAUUAGAUUACACUGUUAUUGAAAAUUUAUUUGCAGCAAAGCCAACAUCGAGCAAUAUUAAUGUUUAAGGCGGAACCAAUAAGCCAGGGAAAAUUACAAUGUUAGGACCUGAGAGAAUGAAAAAUCUAGAGAUUGUGCUAGGCAAACUUAAAAUGUCAAAUUAACUAAUAGUUGAAAGUCUCUAUCAGUAAUGAUAUUAAACUAAAUUGUAAGACUAGAUGAAACUGUAUUAAAACCAAAUAUAGUUGAAUCUUUAAUUACUGCAAUGCCAAGUGAGACGGAGGUUGUAAUGUGGUAGGAUUCAGACUAAUCAAACUUAGCAUUGCCAGAUAUAUUUUGUAUAAAUAUUAGCUCAGUAAAAGGCUAUGAUUACAGGUUAUUAAUUAAAAUAUCAAUUAGGCUAUUAUCGUUAAAAUUCAAAUACAAUUAUAAAGAAUUAGCAGUAGAUUUAUAAACCAAAAUUAAUAUCUUCAAAAAUUUAAUGGAGAUUACAAAAAAUGAUUAGAAUACGAAGGUUUUCAUGGAAUAUGCAUUAGCUGCAGGAAAUUACAUGAAUGGCUAAUCAGCUAGAGGUGGAGCAUAUGGAUUUAAAUUUGAUAUGAUGGAGAAAUUAGCUGAUGUUAAAACUACAGAUAAUAAAGGCAACUUAUUAAUGUUUAUCAUUUAAAAGGCGGAAGAAGAUCUAAAAGAGGAAUUAGUACUGGUUGAUGAGAAUUUAGAUGAAGUUGAAUUGGCUGGUAAUUUGAUUAAGAUAUAUAUAGCUAAAACCCCUUUGACUUAGUUGAAUGCUGAUUUGAGCGAGCUAAAAAAAAAUUCAAAAAAUGUUGAUAAGGCCAUAAAAUCAAAGGUAUCUCUUCCUUUCCAAGAUUUGGUUGAAGAGAAGUUAUAGAAUUUUUAUUAAUAAAUUCUUUCCGAUCUAGCCAAUUUUGAGACUUUAUUAAAAUAGCUUGAAACACAAUAUGAGGAUCUUGCUAAUUAUUAUGCUGAAACGAAAGUUCCUUUUGAUAAAUUUUUUGAAAAAUUUUAUAAAUACAAAACAGCUCUUAAAUAAGCUAAACAAAAUUUCAACAAAAUUAAAUUAGCAGAAUUAAAAGAACAAGAGAAAAGGAAAAAAUUAGAGCAAUAACAACAAAAUUAAUAAUCAUAGCAAUUACAUUAAUAACACUAAUAACAACCCUCGUAGGAGUCGUCUUUCAUUUAAAAAAAGGAGGAAGGUAAAUUUUAAUUUAAUUGAAGACAAUUCGUUAUCAGGAUUAAAAAAACUUGAUAAGGCUUCUUCUUCAAAUGAAGCUACAAACAAUACUCUUCUGUAACAAUAGAAUGUUUAGGUUAAGCAAUAAAUUUAGCCUUCCUAAACUCAAACCGAGGAUUAUUGA